CCGGCUUCACCCCCCCCCCGCGGGGCACUGGCCGGGGACUCUGCCUCCCGCCCCCCUGCAGCGCCCGGGGACUCUCCGUGUCAGGUAUCGGGGGGACAUCGAACUGAGGAGAAGGGGAUAGACUCCAAGGGCUGAUGAUACGCAGGGAACCCUGCUUCAGCUGACCACAGAAGUCCCAUUAAGCAGGCCUCCCCUCCUCCAGACUUUGGCAGCCGGCGAGCAGGAGGGAAUCAGGAGUGCCUGGACCAGGGUUGAACGAGGACAGCUUGGGCUCCGGGAACAGAGCGGCUGCACACGGGGCGUUGGGUGCACCAGCUGGUCCGGAGUCCAGCCCUGACUGGCGACCUCGCCCGCCCUCCUUACUUCCCGGUGAUAGGCCCACUCUCCUGCCAAUCAUGGGAGAAGGCGAGCGCUCGAUGCCGUUCCGGGCGCUGAGAGAGGCGCGUCCAAUCAGGGGUUGAGCGGAGCAAGAGCACACUUCCCUUCGCACGCGCAGCCGGCCGGUGCCGCGAGCUAGUAUUUGAAAUGACUGCCCACCUGGCCCUAUGGGAAGAUGUUUUGCACAAUGAGCAGCUCAUUCCAGAGGUAGCUGCGAUCGCUGUGGAUGCAGCAUUGCUUGAAGGAGUUCUGAUGAGGACCAAAGAGGAUUCCAAUUCAUCCGACGUGGUGAAUUAUGCUCCCUUUACAUUGCUCCCAUCUGUAGUACCAAGCACCAUCUUUGAACAAGCCUAUGCUGUUCAGCAAGAUUUUAACCUACUUGUGGAUGCUAUUAGCCAGAACGCGGAAUUCCUGGAACGCACUCUUGCUAGCACCAUCAAAGUGGAUGACUUCACAGCUCAUCUCUUUAAAAUCUACAAGCAAGUUCUGAAAGAAGGAUUGGCUCAGUCAGUGUUCUUAGGAAUAAAUCGCUCAGAUUAUAUGGUUGACCUUGGUGCAGAUGGCACUCCAGCACUGAAGCAAAUCGAAAUAAACACCAUUGCUGCCAGCUUCGGAGGCCUUACUUCGAGAACCACUGCUGUGCAUCGGCACAUAUUGAAUGUUUUGGGGAAGUCCAAGGAAGCUUCGAAGUUACUGGACAAUAAUCCAUGCAAAGGGAUUGCCUUGGGCAUUGCGAAAGCUUGGGAACUCUAUGGCUCAACCAGGGCUGUAGUGGUGUUCCUGGUUGCAGACAUCGAAAGGAAUAUUUUUGACCAACGCUGCAUAGAAAAUGAGCUGUGGACCAGGAAUAUCCGGGUGAUCCGGAGACGGUUUGAAGAUGUGUUUGAAAAGGCAUCUUUAGAUAACGACAGGAGACUGUACAUGGAAGGCCAAGAGGUUGCGGUGGUGUAUUACAGAGAAGGUUACAUGCCAGAGAACUAUAACAAACAGAACUGGGAGGCACGGUUGUUGAUUGAAAGGUCCAAAGCAGUUAAGUGUCCUGACAUUGCUACCCAACUUGCUGGGACCAAAAAAGUUCAGCAGGAAUUGAGCCAGCCAGGAGUCAUGGAGAGAUUACUGCCCAGCCGGGCUGAGGCGGUUGCUCGGAUAAGAGCGACAUUUACUGGCCUCUAUUCCCUGGAUAUGGGCGAAGAAGGUGCUAAGAUGGUUGCAAUGGCCAUUGCUGAUCCGGAACGAUAUGUGCUAAAGCCUCAGCGGGAAGGCGGAGGGAACAAUCUCUAUGGGGAAGAGCUCAAGCAACUUCUGGAGAAGAUUAAAGACAGCCCUGAGAGGUCCUCCUAUAUCCUAAUGGAUAAGAUCACACCUCGGACAUCAAUGAAUUACUUGCUCAGGGCUCACAGUCCCCUGAAAAUAUCAGAAUGUAUCUCCGAGUUGGGGUUUUUUGGUGUCUACAUCAGGCAGGGGAAGGACAUUGUGGUGAAUAAGCACGUCGGUCACCUCUUGCGAACCAAGGCAGUUGAGCAUGCAGAUGGCGGGGUGGCAGCUGGGGUCGCUGUGCUGGAUACUCCCUAUGUGAUAUGAAGAGGAUACCUCCCACAUCUGUUGCCCUAACUGCUGCUAGAAGAGCUGUGAUUUCCUUUAGGGUUUGAUAACUUCAGUGUCUUGUUAAAUUUCUGUAAGCAGGACCACAGGGACAUUCCCCCUCCUAGCACAGUGAUCAUGGGGAGGGUACGUGCAAUCACACUUGUACCAAAUACUUUUGUGCUGCUCCCCCACCCAAGUCUUUCCUUUUUAAUUCUUCCCUCAGAAAGUCUUGGGUUCUCAUCUGAUCUUUUUGCCUUGUUGAUAACUUCAUACAAGCUAAUCCACAGACCCAUCACCACCUCUGCUCCAGGCAGCCAGAUGUGAAUGUAACAGUCUGAAUUGUCCUGAAUGCAGCUGCUUUCUCAGGAAUGAGGCCAACCUAUUGUUCAGAACUCCUUGUAACUAGGAGUUGGGAUUUCCAUAUGUACCCUGUUCAAGACACUACAGCUGCCCAGUCUCUCCUUAAGUGCCUGAUCCCAGAGGGUUAAAUGUGCCUUCCACAUUUUCUGCUUCUCAUUUAGUUGCUACCUAUGAGGGCAUUUGUUUCCUGGGCCAAAGGAAAGGAAGAUGAAGAACAUAAAUGAGGGUUGAUGGAUUUAGUUAAGGGCUUCCCACCCUAAUGCUGCUAGCCACUGUAGUAGAGAGAGAGCCUGGAGCGAGGCCUGAACCAAAGUCAGCAAAAAAAAAAAAAAGCUAUGAGUAAAAGUCAGACUAUCAAAAAGCAGUUGCUUGCUUACAAGUUCACUGUCUGGUACAUGCAUGAGGCAUAUGCAUAGCUAGCAUUGCUAAAGCCCAGGCAUUCCGAAGAAGUUUUAGGUACAGGGUAUUAAUGUAAGCACAUUCCAGAAGGCUGGUACAAGUACACCACAACAGAGUUAUGGAAACAAACACAAUCCUAGGAGAGUGUACAGAAACACACCAACCCCAAGUAGGACAAAGAUAGAAGGCUAGAAUGAUGGAUGGAGAUGUCUUGUUCAAACCAGCGCAAACAAGGUGUAGUGUUGGUAACCACUCAUGCCAGGAGUGUAAUACAUAACUUGUUUGUAUCAAUGUAUAAAAGGAGAAAUUAUAGGAGGGGGCAACAGAAAAUCCUGCUGCUGACUGAGCUGAGCCCUUGUCAGUGGGCACUCAUGUUAGCUUACAUGUAACCAUAGAGCCAGGGGGCUAAUACUGUGUCUUAAGGGCAAUAAACCUGGCCAAGGGCCUUUGCCACUGAA